AUGGAGCACCCAGAUUUCAGCUCUGUCCUCUCAGACUACUUUCAACCUUUGAGCGACACCUACACCGUGAACAUCAUGCGCGCAGAGGCAUCUCCGUCAUCAAUCGCGAGUUCCGGCUUGGACGGGGCAAGUCAGGCUGGGUCGCAGAAUAAUUACCACGUGUCACGCCAUGGUCCUGAUUCCAGUGGUGGCCCCAACAAGGCCUCGCAUGGCCUGUUUGGCGCCGAGCAGCUGGGCAUCAAGCUGGGCGGCGCGGCAGACUUUGUGCGUGAGCGAGCGCAGGCCAUCAGAGAGGGCGAUGUCAUUUUGUUGGGCAGCAAGUCGGACAAAAACACAGGCAUCGAGAUACACAAAUGCACUCCGAACCUCUUGGAUAUCGUACGGACAUCGCAAGCGAGCUCUGCGCCUCAUCCGACCAACGAGCAGAACAACAACGUCUCAUCCGCCAAUCGCGGACCAGACAAGAUGCUCGACAGUCUCGGUAGAAACACGGGGGCCGAAAGCGGUGUCGGCGCUGCGAGCCAGGAUGCGCAAGGCAUCAGCGAGAUUGGCGGAGGCGCGCCCAGGGGUAAUGUCGCUCCGGAAUGA